GCAAGCUAGUGAGUCGUGCAAUGCACAAGUGCGACUUUUCUUGAAGCCGAGGCAUGAUUUGGACUUGUUUUUCAUUCACUUUAGCAGGUACACACGCGCAAUAUGACUUUUCCCUUCUUUGAUAUUAGUCUGUUAGGGUUGGAUAUUUUUAUUGUCAGUUUGGAUAUUUCUCUGCUAUGGUUAAAUAUUUGUUUAUCUUUUCUGGGUAUUAGUACGGGUCCGUGAGGAUAUUAGUCUGGGCACUGAAGUCUUUUCUCUUGCUUCCUAAUUGUAGUUUGUUGGCUGACAAAAGACGCAAGGAGACAGAGUCAGACUACAAUUCAAAAUAAUCGAUUCCUUAUAUAAUGUUGGAGAAUAGCCCGAUCCUCCAACAUGCGGCAAAGAUCUUUACUCCUAACAUUUUCGAAAGGAUACAGAAGCAGUAUUUGGUGGCUGAAUCCUAUAUAAUAAAGAAGCUCUCAGAUAAUAGGGAUGAUGGCAUGAUUGGAUACCUCAUAUAUAUGAUGGAGGAUGGUGAGCGUAGUGAUGAGCGUGUCGUCCUCGUCGAUAUUUCUACGACGACCUUGGUAUGCGAAUGCAGAAUGUUCAGAACUUUAGAAUUGUUAUGCCGCCACAUGAUUAAGGUGAUGCGGCUUCUUGGAGAUUUUGGGGAAGUAAGUAUGAGAAGUAUUCCGGAUCAUUACAUACUCAAGCGAUGGACGUUGGAGGCGAGAGAGAGAGAGGUUGUUGAUGUCGAUGGUUCUGUUGGUCCUUCAGCUCCCAGUGAGAAUGAUGCGGGAAAAGGUAUAGCAAUGCGGUACCGGGAAACCACUGCAAUGUUGAAUCAGCUAGCAAUGAAUAUGUCGAUGGCCGAUGAGAAGGACUACAAUAAGUGGAUGGGAGUACUCAAGAAAGUGUGCAAUGAGGCAAACAAGGCAUUGUCAAAGACUAUAACUUGCGAGGACAGACGAUCUGUACCGAUAACUAGGCUGACUUUGAAGGGGAAGAGUAAUCCAAGGAGUCACGGUAAGGAACGUUACCAGUCUACGAAUGAAAAGGAACGUCGUCGAAAGAAACGUGAAUAUCGGAAGAGAAUGAAAUCUAUUGAAGUGGUCACGCCGGACGACACUGCUCACUCGGAUGGCCAUCUUAGUGAUUUGGAUGAUAAUAUUGCUCAAUGAUUAUGAAUAGAAUGUAGGGUGGUUCGAGAGUGGUCUAUUGUGAUAUGAUAUUGACAUGUGAUUCCAGGAUACGUUUUUGUUUUGUAGUGGAUAUUAAUCCACUUGCUUAGGAUACUUUUCUGGGCCAACAGGAUAUGUGUUGGAACAUAUACAGAUAUUAUUCUGGGCUUUCUGGAUAUCAGUAUUUUCGAAGCAAGUACAAUAGUAUCAAUGAUUACUUCUUUCACUAUUCACAUGUACAAAUAUAGAUUUACUUUAAGUCUAGGCUCCAAGGAUAUUAGUCUACAAAAGAAGGAUAUCUGUCUGUAUCUUUCGGAUAUUUGUCUGUCACUUUGCAGAUAUUUGUUUAACUAAACAUGGUAUUUGUCU